UCUGUAAUCAUUAAAUGAAUUAUCUUGCCUGUUGAUUUAACGUCUAACAAUUUAGUUAACCGAGAAGUGCGAGCUCCACCCAGUUCAUGGAAUUUCCAAGCAGUCACUGCAAAGAAUUAAUUACUUGGCCAUCUGUUGAAUUGCUCUGUAAGCUAUUUUAACAUGUUUCAUGCUUAGACUCCAACUUCUACUCAAAAGAUCGGAUUUUGGCAGAUGUGCCAUGGAUCUUGUGGAUGAGGAAUCACCUCCCCACUUUAGAAUUUGCAACCAGAGGUGCUUCUUGCCUUGAGAAAGUGGGAAAUGACACGAGUCGUGUUAUUAAAAACUCCAACCCAACAAGCUCUAUCUCACUCUCUCUCUCUCUCUCUCUCUCUCUGUGCACACCACACAAACGCGCAUAGCUUCUGGGCAAUGAAUACUUUAUAGUUUCAGGAGGGAAUGGCAGAUGAAACCCACCCUGGAAGUUGUGAAUGCUCACCAACUCGAAGCACGCCGAUGGGUACCCCCCUGAGAAAGGUGUUGGAUAGAAUAUCAGGUUUUGCCACUCCUUGGAGGAGCAGUUCAGCUCUACGCGGUCGGAGAAUCUUUCACAGGGAUGUUGAACGAGAAGAGUUUCAGUAUGCUGCUACUCGUUGUCUCUCUUCCUACUACAGCGUCUUCGUUGCUCGCCUUGCUAUCAUGGUCAUGCUAGCCAUUUUAAUUGGGCUUCUAACCAUAUUAACAUGGCAUUUUACAAAGAUCUACACAACAAAAUCACUGAAUAGCUUGGCAUAUGGCCUUCGAAAUGAACUCCUGCAACGUCCAAUUUUACGGAUGUGGAACAUCUUAAAUUCUACCUCUGAGAUAACAACAGCACAGGUUAAGCUAUCAGAGUAUGUGUUCAGACGGUACAACAAACCCGAUACUCAGGCCGAACAAGUUGAGCAGCUAUACGAAUCAAUGAGGGAUGUAACUUGGGCACUAUUUGCAAGUCGUAAAGCUCUCAAUGCAAUAACUAUAAAUUACAGAAAUGGUUUUGUCCAGGCAUUCCAUAGAGAUCACAGGAGUAACAAUACAUUCUACAUCUACUCGGAUCUUGUAAACUAUUCUAUCAGUGCCAGUGGAUCAUCUUAUGAAAUCAAUUCGCUAUCAUCACAACAAGGUUGGAAAGAUCAAUCCAUACAUGGUAACAUUUCUGCAGUUUGGUAUCAGGAGCCCCUUGAUCCCAUCACUGGCGAGAAGACAGGGAAAGCAAAGCCAAUCCCACCAGAUGACCUAAUCAAUAUUGCAGGGCUUUCAGAAGUACCUGAUGGUGUAGCUUCAUGGCAUGUAGCAGUGAGCAAAUACACAGAUACACCCUUGCUUUCAGCAGCACUGCCAGUUUGGGACCCUUCAAAUGAAAGUAUUGUGGCUGUUGUGGGCGUUACUACAGCACUUUAUAGUGUAGGCCAGCUUAUGAAGGAGCUUGUUGAAGUCCACAGUGGGCAUAUAUAUUUGACAUCCCAAGAGGGUUAUUUACUUGCUACAUCCACGAAUGCUCCACUAUUGAGAAAUUCAACCCAGGGGCCCAAGCUUAUGAGGGCUAUUGAUUCUGACGAUGAAGUAAUACAAAUGGGAGCUACAUGGUUGCAGAGAGCCUAUGGCAACAACUUUUCUCAGAGUCAUGAGGUUCAUGCAGAAAAUGCUAGGCUUGGCCACGAGCAGUAUUACAUUGAUUCAUUUUUCCUAAAAUUGAAGAGGCUUCCCUUGGUGGGGGUCAUCAUCAUUCCAAGAAAAAAUAUAAUGGGGAAGGUAGAUGAGAGAGCCUUCAAAACAUUGGUUAUAUUGAUAUCUGCAUCUUUGUGUAUCCUAUUCAUUGGAUGUAUCUGCAUUUUGAUACUGACAAAUGGGGUGUCCAAAGAAAUGAAACUAAGAGCAGAGCUGAUAAGCCAUCUUGAUGCAAGAAGAAGAGCGGAGGCAUCUAGCAACUAUAAAAGCCAAUUUCUAGCAAACAUGAGUCAUGAACUGAGGACACCUAUGGCUGCGGUAAUUGGGUUACUGGACAUUCUCAUAUGUGAUGAUUGCCUCACAAAUGAACAGUACGCAACUGUUACCCAGAUUAGAAAGUGCUCAACAGCUCUACUCCGGCUUCUAAACAAUAUAUUGGAUUUGAGCAAGGUUGAAUCUGGGAAGCUGGUGUUGGAAGAUGCAGAAUUUGAUUUGGGGAGAGAACUUGAAGGACUUGUUGAUAUGUUCUCUGUGCAGUGCAUUAACCACAAUGUGGAAACUGUUUUGGAUCUCUCUGAUAAUAUGCCAAAGUUAGUUCGAGGAGACUCUGCUAGAGUUGUUCAAAUAUUUGCAAAUCUAAUCAGCAAUUCUCUCAAGUUCACAUCAUCGGGUCAUGUCAUUAUACGAGGAUGGUGUGAGAACUCAAGUUCUUCCAUUGACAUCGAGAAGUUUCCUCUCGACCAUAAGAAAUCACAGCCUGCACAUAAGAUAAAGUUCAAGCAGCAGGGAAGCCAUACAAAGAAGGCCUGCAAGAAAGAAAACAAAAUGAUUCUUCGGUUUGAAGUUGAUGACACUGGUUGUGGUAUUGAUCCAAGCAAGUGGGAAUCUGUAUUUGAAAGCUUUGAGCAAGCUGACCCCUCAACAACACGAACGCAUGGUGGCACUGGUCUUGGAUUAUGCAUCGUGCGGACCUUGGUUAACAAGAUGGGUGGAGAAAUCAAGGUUGCAAAGAAGGAUGGUCCAGGAACUUUGAUGCAGCUCUACUUGCUUCUCAAUGCACCUGCAGAUGGCACAGAGCAGCAUUACCGAGUAGAUUUUUCGAAGCAUAGUUUAGUGGUACUGCUUGCUCUACAUGGCAGAAUGGGGAGAUUGAUUAUGUCCCAAUGGCUACAUAAAAGUGGAGUGUUUACGAUGGAAGCAUCUGAAUGGAAUGAGCUGACACAAAUUCUUAGGGAAUUCUUCUGUAUCAGAAGGUCAGCUCGUAACAAUGGCUUUGAUGCACAGCAUUCUCUAAGUGAACCUUUGAAUACUCAAGUCCUGAGCAUACAAGACAUGAGGAACCCAGUCUUCGUCAUAGUUGUGGAUAUAGGACUGCUCGACUUGAGCACAGAUAUAUGGAAGGAACAAAUUAACUUUCUUGACAUUUACUUUGGGAAAGCAAAGUUUGCAUGGAUGCUUAAUCAUGAUACUUCAAAUGCCAUAAAGAUGGAACUCCGCCGAAAAGGACAUAUAUUGAUGGUGAAUAUGCCACUCUACAAGGCAAAGAUGAUUCACAUUCUGGAAGCUGUAAUAAAGGAGAGAAAUGUUGAACUGCAGAAGAAAAGUUCAAAUGCUUUGAGAACUACCAAAGAAAGCAAUCUGCAUGAAUAUCAUGAGAUUGAUACCACACAUUUUGAUGUUGCCAGCUCUGAUGAUUCUGAUAUGCCUGAAAUGCGUAGUUCUAAUUCCAUAUGUGGCUCACUUGAUGGGGAAAAACGAAGAGAGAGGAUUACAAAACCUUGUUCUUCAGGCUACCAGAACAUUAACAACUGUUUAGUUGAACUCACUCGUGUUUAUUCAAAAGAGAAUUAUUUAACUGAAAGAGAUCCAUGUCAAGUCGGGCACAACUCUCACGAUGUUCAAAAUGAAGAACCUAAAUGUUGCACACAAGCAUCACUUUCAGCAGAACCUCAAAGUGAAAAUGCUGACUGCCGCGAACAACAUUUGGUUAGCAGCUGUCCUACAGCACAGGGUAAUUUAUACUCAAGCAAAGCUAUGAAUGAACAGAAGUCUCUUGAGGGCCUACGAAUACUGCUUGCAGAAGAUACCCCAGUACUCCAGAGAGUUGCAACCAUAAUGCUAGAAAAAAUGGGUGCUACAGUAAUUGCCGUGGGAGAUGGCCUUCAGGCAGUAGAUGCUCUGAAUUGCAAGCUUAGUGCAGAAGCUUGUGAAAGGGAUUGUGUCUGUGAAGAUAGAAACACAAGAUUGCAAACAGAAAACAGGGAUUUCCCUCUAUAUGACUUGAUCCUAAUGGAUUGCCAAAUGCCAAAGAUGGAUGGUUAUGAAGCAACAAAGAUAAUCAGGAAAUCAGAAGCUGGAACCGGAUUGCACACUCCCAUUGUUGCAUUGACUGCCCAUGCAAUGUCAUCAGAUGAAGCCAAAUGCUUGGAGGUGGGCAUGGACGCUUAUCUAACAAAACCAAUUAACUACAAGCUGAUGGUUUCCACCAUUCUUUCACUCACUACAAGAACGGCCUACGUCAAGCGAGAGCUAACAAACCAGUAGCUUAUGCAGCCUUCAGAUAUAAAGUCUGGUAUGAGAAAAUGCAGUUUUAUAUGAGCAUUAUAUGGAUGUAUAUAUAUAUAGAGUCUUACAGUAUGAUUCUAGAGAUCCAAGUCUGGUGUCGAUAUCUAUAACUAUACUAGCCGCAGCAGACCCGGAAAAUGUGCGGGAAUAGUUAUAAUUAUAUAUAAAAAAUAAUUUGAGUGUAUGAACAAUAUGUCACAGCUGAUCAUCCCGAAAGAACAGUUAGUUGAUAUAAAUCCAAGUUUUGUAGAAA